AUGGCCUAUAAGGAGGCAAAUAAAUUAGCAAAGAAAACUGUAGCAAUUGCUAAGGAUAGAGCAUAUGAUCAGCUUUACAAAGAGCUAGAUACCAGGGAAGGGCAAGGAAAGAUCUUUAAACUAGCACACAUGAGAAAUAAGAAUACCAAGGAUAUAACACACAUAAGACAGAUUAAGGAUAAGGAUGGAAAUAUACUGAGAAAUGAGAGAGACAUAAUGAGAUGGGAGGAAUAUUUUGAGGCCUUAUUGAAUGAAGAAAAUGGAAGAUUUCUAAGAGGAGACGGACACACAAAUUGUGGACCAGUCACAGAAAUAACAAAAGCUGAGGUUAGAGUGGCACUGGGAAAGAUGAAAAAUAGUAAAGCGGUGGGACCAGAUGGCAUACCUGCAGAAGCCUGGAAGGCUCUUGAUGAGGAAGGAAUUGACAUAUUGUGGCAGUUAAUGAAAAAGAUUAUGGAAAGUGAGACGGUACCCGAAAAUUGGAGAGAAAGUAUAUUAAUCCCAAUAUUCAAAGAGAAGGGGACAUACAGUGUUAUGAAAAUUACCGAGGAAUAA